UUCAUAGUAAUAUUUCUUAUGGUAUAAAUCUCAUAAAGGUGACAACAUUAUGUGCCUUUUUGUUCUGUUCAUGCUGUUUGGAAUCAUAGAAAAGCCCUGAGAAAAUGGGAAGAACAGCUUGUUGUUCACGAGUAGGUUUGCGCAGAGGUCCAUGGACUCCAAGAGAAGACAGUUUACUUGUCAACUACAUUCAGCUUCAUGGUGAAGGCCAUUGGAGAAUUGUGCCUAAAAAAGCUGGGCUACUUAGGUGUGGGAAGAGUUGCAGGCUGAGAUGGAUGAACUAUCUCAGACCAGACAUCAAACGAGGGAACAUCACAGCUGAUGAGGAUGAUCUAAUCAUAAGGCUUCAUACCCUUUUGGGAAAUCGUUGGUCUCUCAUUGCUGGAAGACUCCCAGGCAGAACUGACAAUGAGAUCAAGAACUACUGGAAUUCCCACCUAAGCAAAAGACUCAACACCAACACCAACACCAACACCAACACCAGUUGUUACAAGAAAUCUCCCAAAGAAGCAUCGAAAUCAUGCGAAAAACCGAAGAGCAAGAUACAUCUGCCAAAACCCAUUAGAGUUUCUCAGUUUUCAAGCACAAAAAAGGACAGUUUUGAUGGUGGUAGUACUAGUAUGGCUAGUGGGUCAGAGUACAGUGCUCAUGGAGAAGAUUGUGCAGAAGUUUUUAAUCUUUAUAGCCUAGAGCUUGAUCGAGAUGGUGGUGGUAACAAAGAUGAUGAUUUUGUGAACAAUAAUAGUAUCAUUAUUGGUAAAGGCUGUGAGAAGAGUACAUAUUUGGACCAACUUUCACUAGGUAAUGAUGAUAUGCUAGAUAAGAUCUUUGAGGAAUAUCAGCAGCUUCUCGAGGUUGAGGAUCAUCUUCAAUCGAACUUUUCUUUUUGCUGAAGAUUCCAUAUAAAUAUAAGGACACCAGUCACCAAGUCACAAUCAAUAUCUCUGUAACUUCUGUUGAAAUUGUGGGCUUGAAAUUUGGUGCUAGAUUGUAUUUAGAAUUCAGAAGAAAACUCUAGUAUUGGUUAGUGAGUGUUUGUUGUAAGGCCUUUUCUUUUUGAAUAAGAAUUCAUGUGCCUAGUUUUCGUUUUUUUGGUUCUGCUUGGAU